AUGGGCAAAGCCGGCAGAGCAGCAUGCAUUCUCACGCCAAUGCUCCUCACGCUGGCCUCCCUCAUCUGCCUCCUACUUGUCCAGUUAGGUGGCAUCAACAAGUCCAACGACACGCUGAAUAGCAUGUCGUUCUUCACGGCCAAUCUCACCAACUUUACGUCAACCUCGAUCUCCGGUGACAGCACGCUCGCAUUGGCUUUGCAACAAGUCCAAGACACCGGCUCCGUCGCAGACAUCUACCAAAUCCACCUGUGGAAUUACUGCACGGCCAACUCCUCCGCCGAUGGAGACACCGACAUGGACAAGUGCUCGAAGCGGAAACAGAACUUCGUCUUCGAUCCGGUGAAAGUGUGGGGAUUGGAGGAGAAGAUCUUGGGCAAGAGCGGCAAGGAGGCCCUACACGCAUAUCGCACGGUUGCGAAGUGGAUGUUCAUUGCAUACCAAGUCGCAUUCUGGACAACGCUUGCGACUCUCGUGGUUGGCAUAUUCGCUGUGUUCAGUCGCAUAGGAUCUCUGUGCACCUGGAUUCUCGCAUUGAUCUCAACCCUCUUCACCUUCAUCGCAGUCCUCAUGUCCACGAUCCUCUUCUCCGUCCUCGUGCCCGCUCUGAACAAAGUCCUCGACGACUACGGCAUCAAGCUCUCUCUCUCCACACCUCAACUAACCGUCGUCUGGCUCGCCGUAGCCUUUUCCCUCGCCGGCUCCCUCUUCUGGCUCUUCUCCAUCUGCUGCUGUUCCGGACGCAGCAACCCUCACCACCGUAGCAACAAAGGCGGACUAUGGAACGCCGAGCCGAAAGGCCAAGGGUACGGUGUUGCCGACCAGCAGCACCAUGCGGCCUGGGCUGGUGAGAGGAGGAGUCGUGGAUUGCAGGUUGAGAAGACGGGUGGGGAUUAUGAGAGGGUUACGAGUCCGUAUGC